AUGCCUCCCAAGUUCGACCCAUCCGAGGUUAAGAUCAUCUACCUCAGAGCUACCGGUGGUGAAGUCGGUGCCUCUUCCGCUUUGGCUCCCAAGAUCGGUCCUCUUGGUUUGUCCCCAAAGAAGGUCGGUGAAGAUAUCGCCAAGGCCACCUCUGACUGGAAAGGUCUCCGAGUCACUUGUCAAUUGACCAUCCAAAACAGACAAGCUACCGUCUCCGUCGUCCCAUCCGCUUCUUCCCUCGUCAUCAAAGCCCUUAAAGAACCCCCUAGAGACCGAAAGAAGGAGAAGAACAUCAAGCACUCUGGUAACGUCCCUCUUGACCAAAUUUACGAUAUCGCCCGAAAGAUGGCCCACAAGUCAUUCGCCAAAUCCCUCACCGGCGGUGUAUUAGAGAUCCUCGGUACCGCUCAAUCAGUAGGAUGUACCGUUGACGGUAAACCACCUCACGAUAUCAUCGAUGCCAUCCACGAUGGUGAGAUCGUCGUUCCCGAUGAGUAA